AUGAGUAAAGAAAAAAUUAAUGACAUUGAACUUGUGAAGAAUAUUGUUAAAAACACUGAAUUUCAAGCCAUUAAAACACGAUUAUCGUAUAUUAAUCGUUUAUUUCCGAACCUUUGUCCAAAUGGAGAGUGUAUUUUAUUUUGUUUCGUCAAACCACAUGAUUUAAAAGAAGUUAUUAAAAAUGAAAAUAAGAGCAACGAUUCUUUAGCUUUAGAUGUAACAGGAUCUCCUUUAUCGCAUUCAUUCGGUGACGACAGCUUCAAUGUAACAAUAACACCACCAAAAAAAAAUUGGUAUAAAGAUGAGGAGAAACAUAUACCUAUGGACAGGCGUACUGCAGCAGAAUUAAUAAAUAUUGCUCAAGAAAAAUUGGACGCUGAAACAUGGACACUGCCUGUGUUUUCUUUAUGCGAUCCAUCCGACCCGAGAGAAAAUGAUUACGAAAGAGUCGUAUUGAUAGGUACUGCAUUCGAUAGUCAGUAUUUCAUACCUAUCAGAGUUUGUUUGCCGGCUAUGACUUCGUUGGAACACAUUCGAUAUGGUUUUUCUCAGCUGCUGAGACAGCACUUGGACGAGUCGUGGUCUUCUCUUAAAGUUGACGUCAAGAUUACAAGUACUUAUGAAUUAUGUGGGACUAGUUUUGAAAUGAUUGAUAAAAAAGAUCAGUCAAUUGAUGAAUUCAAAGGCUACUUGAAAGUUGAGGCUACUUGGGAUGAUUUGACAUUUUUACCACCACCUACUGCUCUAUCUAAUAAAUUAUUUGCCGAAAUAAUUAGUGGCUCAAAAGCGAGUCCAUUGUGCGAUUUAUGGGAUCAGAUAGUCUUGCUUGAUAAAUAUUUGACAAUGGUUCAAACAUAUCAUGAAAAGCAUUUGAGUUCGAGAUACAGUGUCAAGCCCUUAAUUUUCCCAAAAGAUUUUAAUAAUCCUUACUCUCAGGGCGAUGAUGUUAUGAAACAAUUGAAAAGAUUAUUGAGUGGAGAUGAUCCAUUUGAGAAUGAUGAAGCUACUGAGACCAUACCGAUGUCCAAAGAGAACGAAGGGACAACUAAAUUGAUUGAUUUUAUUAAAGAAUUGCCGAAAAGAGAAAAUCUUGAUUUUACUGAUAAAUUCUGGCAGAUUAUCAGAGCUGCAGAUAAUUAUGUUCUUAUAACCGAUUGUGUUUAUGCAAUUUUUGAAGCCAUGAGUGAAAAAAAUUUCAAACCUCAGUUAAAUAGUAUGGAUGAAACAAGAUUCGCUAUGAUGGUCUCAGAGCUAGAUGGUGAGAAUAAAAAAUUUUCCAUACACGCUGGCACUCUAUCCUUGGAACUGGUGAUAGACAUGGGAAUAGAAAAACUCAGUCGAGAUUAUUUAUACUUGAUAUCUAAUAUGAGUCUUUUGGAAAUGUCUGACCUACAGAAACUUAUAACUAAUGUGUCGAAUGAAGAAUUCAAACUCGACAAUUAUCGAAAUAAACUGAAAGCUUUGGCACAAAUUCAUAUGAGUUUGGAAUUCCUGCAACUGAUCCAAAGUCAAAUUGACUGUCGCUGUGAAGUUUCUCAUUCUAUUUUUGAAACAAUCUUCAACACCUACAGUGGUCCAAAUUCACCGCUCAAGUACUCGGAUUUGGAAAAUCCUAAAGUUUAUACCAUCAGUAUGCCCGCUCCGUUGCAAAUUAUUUCAGAAAUAACUAAUAAAGAGCCUUUCUCAUGGAUGAGUACACUUACUACGGAAAAGAAAGAUGAAAAAUGGACCACCGUAAAUUGCUACAGUCGCAUUCCAAUGUUUCCACCAAAUAUUUAUGUACCAGGAGAACUUGAAAAAGGUCAAAUGGAAUUAGGAGAUACUUAUUAUGUUACUUAUGCCAAAAUUCAUUAUAUGAGAUGUUCUUAA